AUGCCCAGCCCAUCGCAUUUUACUAUGUCUGCUCUCAACAAUGACAUCCUGCACUCCACUCUGCUGUCAGAUCAUUCACUGGGGACUCAGUCGCGGAUUCCCAGAAUUCUUCUUUCCAUUGCUCUCUCCGUGACAGACAGUUGUUGCUCCUCUGUCUUCAUCAGCGCCCAUGUUUCGCUGCUAUACAACAUUGCUGGCAGUACUGUUGAGUUGAAGAGGCUGGCGGUAUCAUUCGGUAAGCACCACAGUAAAACCCACACUUUGUGCAGUCGCUGCAGAUCCAAGGCAUACUAUCUCCAGAAAUCCACCUGUGGGAAAUGUGGGUACCCUGCUAAGUGCAAGAGAAAGUAUAAAUGGACUGCCAAGGCUAAAAGAUGCAACACCACUGGUACUGAUCGUAUGAGGCACCCGAAAAAUGUCUACCGUCGAUUCAGGAAUGGAUUCCGUGAACGAACAAAACCUAAGCCCAAGAGAGCUGCCAUUGCAGCAUCCAGCUCAUCUUAAGGAUGCAUCUGU